UGGCAGCCAGAGCCAGAGGGCCAGCAGCAUGGAGCGCAGACUCGUGUCCUCUGCUCGCCGCUCCUAUGUCUCCUCCUCAGAGGCAGUGGUUGGGGGCCUGGGGCCCAUGCGCCGCCUGGGGUCCAGCCCCCGCCCUGGCCUGGCCUGGGUGUCCCCUCCGCUCCCAGCCCGGCUGGACUUCUUGCAGGCUGGGGCUCUCAACGCAGGUUUCAAGCAGACACGGGCCAGCGAGCGGGCCCAGAUGAUGGAGCUCAAUGACCGAUUUGCCAGCUACAUCGAAAAGGUCCGCUUCCUGGAGCAGCAGAACAAGGCCCUGGCUGCUGAGAUGAACCAGCUGUGGGCUGCAGAGCCCAGCCGGCUGGCCGGUGUCUACCAGGCCGAGCUUCGGGAGCUGCGGCUGCGGCUGGACCAGCUCAUGGCGAGCAGUGCCCGGCUCGAGGUGGAGCGUGACACCCUGGCCCAGGACCUGGGCACCCUGCGGCAGAAGCUCCAGGAUGAAGCUGCCCUGAGGCUGGAGGCCGAGAACAGCCUGGCCAGCUGCAGACAGGAGGCCAGCAAUGCCACCCUGACCCGUCUGGACCUGGAGAGGAAAAUUGAGUCCCUGGAGGAGGAGAUCCGGUUCCUGAGGAAGGUCCAUGAGGAGGAGCUGCAGGAGCUGCAGGAGCAGCUGGCGAGGCAGCAGGUCCACGUGGAGAUGGACGUGGCCAAGCCCGACCUCACGGCGGCCCUGAGAGAGAUCCGCACGCAGUACGAGGCCCUGGCCUCCAGCAACAUGCAGGAGGCCGAGCAGUGGUACCGCUCCAAGUUCGCCGACCUCACGGACGCCGCUGCCCGCAACGCCGAGCUGCUGCGCCAGGCCAAGCACGAGGCCAAUGACUACCGGCGCCAGCUGCAGGCCCUGACCUGUGACCUGGAGUCCCUGCGGGGCACGAAUGAGUCCCUAGAGCGGCAGAUGCGUGAGCAGGAGGAGCGCCAUGCACGAGAGGUGUCCACCUACCAGGAGGUGCUGGCCCGGCUGCAGGAGGAUGGCCGGGGCCUCAAGGACGAGAUGGCCCGGCACCUGCAGGAGUACCAGGAGCUGCUCGAUGUCAAGCUGGCCCUGGACAUCGAGAUCGCCACCUACCGGAAGCUGCUGGAGGGAGAGGAGAACCGCAUCACCAUUCCAGUGCAGGCCUUCUCCAACCUGCAGAUCCGAGGAGGCAAAGGCGCCACGGAAGGGGAGGUCCACAAAGUCACCAGAUACCUGAAAAGGCUCACGAUUCAAGUUGUUCCUGUGCAGGCCCCGCAGGGUAUAGACAGAGCCGCCGGCUCUCGAGACCAGCUUGGACACCACGUCUGUGUCGGAAGGACACCUCAAGAGGGACAUCGUGGUCAAGGCAGUGGAGAUGCGUGAUGGGGAGGUCAUUAAGGAAUCCAAACAGGAGCACAAGGACGCCAUGUGAGGCGAGCGGUGAGGAGCACAGACGCCCUCCACAGCUAAGCCUGGUGGCCGGCCACCCCACCCUCCUGCCCCACGUCAGCUUGUCACUGCCACACUAGGUCUGCAUGGCACCCAGCACCCAGCACCCGGCUCUUCAAACUAACAGGCGUUCUUCCCACGGAGCAGUCAGGAGGAAAGGCCAGCGGCCUGGUUAGAAGUGGGCGGGCAGGGACACAGCAAGUCACAUCCUGUUGUUAUAGCAACUGUCGCUGGAGCUACAGCUAGAGGGGAAAGGGGAGCUGCAGGGAGGGGCGUCCCCAGAAAAGGUGGACACCUGCCCUGCUGGGAUGGCCCUGGCCACCCGGAAGCAGUGAAUAGUGCUGCCACCCAUGGGACAGAGCCAUGGCCUGGCAGGCCCUGAGCUCCAGGUAGGGGUGGGAUGCGGGAGCACUGGGAGUACAGUCACGUGCAGAGGGACGGAGAGGGUGGAGCGGGUUCAGAGAGGCCAAGCCCAGAGGACGCCCCACCUGCAGAGGGGGCGUGGGGGGGAGGUGGUCAGGGACCCCGUGGGUCAUUUGGGGAAGUCCAGAAGCGACCCAUGACCCACCUGAUGUGAACCGAGCAGGGGCUGCGGUCCCAGUGCACGCUGGCCCUCCCCACCCCGCUCCUCCAGCCACCGAGUCUUGAGCCCAUGACUCUGCUUGGCGGGAAGGGCCUCCAUUGCCUGCCCCUCCUGGCCUCUUCCUCCUGCACCCUUUUCCCUGCCGGGAUUCCAGCUGCGCCCUGCUUCAUGGAGGGAAGUUGAGGCACAUGCAGGGUGAAGACACGGGGCCUUCACGGCCCUCCUCCCUUCACUGCACCUUGGCUGCCUCCCCCUCCUGGCUGCUGCCGCCGCCCCUCACCUGCCCAGGAGAAAUAAAAGACCUCUCUCUCGUCUGUUUCUAGGUCUCUCGUCUGUUUCUAGGGGUGGGGGCGGCAGGCCGAGCCUGGUCAGAUCUCAGCACCUCACACCCCACCUGUGCGGCUCCGCCCGAGCCCUGGAUCUCAGCUCUCUCACAGUCCCUCAGGGUCCCUGUCCCUGCGACCUUCAUCCCCACACCUGCUGUUUCUACCUGCUGUUCCCAGGGGAUGCUGUUAGAAGCUGGGGCUGCCUUGCCUCCUCCUGUGACUUUGGGCCCCAGCAGUCCCCAAAGGCACCAUCGAUGGCACAGGCACUGGACAGUAUUCGUUUAUUCCCCU